AAUGAAACUGGGUGUAAACUCAGAUGUUUUUUUGUACGUGUGUGUGUGAGACCUGUGGUGGUCUGCUUGGUUUUGGAUCCCCGGUGUUUGUGCAGGGUUCAGUCCUGCUCACUGAUACGGCUGGGAACUCAUCUUCUACCACUCUCAGAUUUCUGUUAUCUGACUCUGGAUCCCAACACGGCACAUCAUCAACUCAUUCUGUCUGAGAAGAACAGAGCGGUGACACACAACAGGACAGAUCAGCCAUACUCUGAUCAACCGGAGAGAUUUGACACCUGGUCUCAGGUGUUGUGUAAGGAGAGUGUGUGUGGACGCUGUUACUGGGAGGUGGAAUGGAGCAAUUUUGUGUCCAUAUCAGUCUCCUAUAAAGAGAUCAGCAGGAAAGGGCAGGGUUAUGAGUGUUUGUUUGGAUACAACAGUCAGUCCUGGAGUCUGCAGUGUUCUUCUUCUUCUGUCUAUUUCUUUCACAAUAAAAUUAACACUGAGCUCCAAGUUCCAGCGUCCUCCAGAAUAGGAGUGUAUGUGGAUCACAGUGCAGGAACUCUGUCCUUCUACAGCAUCUCUGACACGAUGAAGCUCCUCCACAGAUUCCACACCACAUUCACUCAGCCUCUAUACGCUGGGUUCUGUAUGUGGCGUUAUGACUCGACUGUGAGGUUCUGUGAUCUGAAAUGAAAUGUUGGUAAAAGUUUUUAGCAAAAUUAUAACUGAGGUGUUAGAUUUAUUUUCUCCCACUUCUUGCACUUUUGUGUGCAGAAACUGUAAC